AUGUCGUGGAAAACAUCAGGACAGUCAUGUUACAGCAUGGACAGAGAGUUGACAGGUAAGAGAGCAGCAGUAUGUUAGGUGAAAUGCGCUGCUACUCAAGCGAACAUAAAUAAUGUCUUACUUAUGUACUUAUACUUAGAGACUACAGUGGAAGAAAAAGAUGUUCAUUUUUCAAAAUGAACAUGCGUCCCUCAUUGAUGUCUUUGGAAGAUGUUGAUUGUUGCCAAUUCCUCAGUAACAUCAAAUUUGAAUUGUGAUAUACAACCGUAAUUUCGAUUAGCAUUAUUAUUCAAUGCCUAAAGCGCCAGAACAUUAAUGCUAUAGUGGCUGGAAAGUCUUGUUUUCUACCUCAAAGAAAAAAGACUUUUUUCUUUCUUUCUUUCUUUGUGCUACUGAAUGCAGAAACGUUUUAGGGAUGUCUGGGAUUUGGGGAUUUAGCAUUUACCUCCAGCUACCAGUAGAUGUCGCAGAGCUCUUCCUUUUACUGUCAGAAAACUGAAUGUGGACUGUUACUGAUAUUGUUUAUCAACAUUUACCUCAAAAUAUAUAAUUUCUGUAAAGGGGUACAUGUAUAGUGAGGAAUCAUAUUUUACUUUGUUUUAUACAACAAAUAAAUAUUAAAGCAUAAUAGAAAUGUCAUGGCUAGUAAACGUUAAAUUUGUAUAGGGCUGAAAAAUACUUUUGCUGAAACAUUGAUCGUUAUUUUUGUUCAGUGACAACCUGUUAGCUUCUAAAAUUAAUACACAAUUGCAGGAUAGCUUAAUUAAUGAAACCAUAAAUAGUAAGAUAAUUUAAAUUAGAAAGUUUAACUUCUACGUUUUAUUUGUGACGUAAAAUAAAAAAUAUGAAGACUGUUUCAAUUUUGAUGAUUUUUCCUUCAAGUCUGAAAUUCAGUGUCUCAAAUUAUUAGAACUUUUCCUAUGAUCAAAAAUUUUAUUUAUUUAUUUAGUUUUUUACAGUUUUUAAAUCAAUAACUCCAAUGUGACAUAUAGCAAGGUGAUCCACUCAUAAGAUGACACUUUCAGAGCAGACAACCCAAAUUGAAAUAUGGUCAAAGAAACCUUGAAUAAGUUAGAAUUUUGUACUGACAACAAGGCUCUGCCACAAAAUGCAUAAAUCCUAUAUCAGCCCCCCUCCAUUCGGAGCAAAUCAGCCUGUGGCACUUCUCAAGUGUUAUUGAAGUCCAGUCUGCUCUGACAGCGGCCUUUAGCUGAUCUGUAUUUUUGGGUUAGAUAUUCCUUGACAAAUAUCCCACAGAUUCUCUGAUAGGUUUGGCUAGCCAAUCAAGCCAAGUAAUACUAUAAUGCUCUAUAAACCACAAGAGUUCUGGCGCUGUGGGCAGGUACUAAACUCUGCCAGAAAAGGAAAUCUCCACACAGCUUGUCAGCAGCAGGAUGUGCUCGAAAAUCUCCUGGUAGAUGUCUGUAUUGACUCAAUAUUGGCUCAAUAACAACACCAGCAGAUGACUUGUCAAACCACAUCAUUGCAGACUGCACAUACUUCACACUAAACUUCAAGUACCUUGGAUUUUGUGCCUCUCCGCUCUUCCUCAUACUCAAGGACCUUGAUUUCCAAAUUGACUUUAAUGUGAAAACAGGACUUUGAAUCAUUGAGCGGCACUCCAGCUUUUUUUCUCCUUCGCCCAGAUAAAACCCUUCUGAUGUCCUCUCUGGUUCAGGAGUGGAUUGACAGUUAAGAAUAAUUGGAGACGUCUGUGUGUAGUGGCUCUUGGUGCACUGACACAAACUUCCAUCCACUCCUUGUGAAGCUCCCCUGAGUUCAUGAAUCGACUUUCUUGAGACUCCACUUAAAGCUCCUGUCAUCCAUGUUGCUUGUGUAUCCUUUCCUACCACACUUCCUCCUUCCAGACGACUCUCAUUUAAUAUCCUUUGACACAGCACUUUGAACAGCCGUCCUCUUCAGCUGUGGCUCACUGUCAAAUCAGUAGUCUAACCCUUUAUUGUGAUUGCAUGUUCUGAAGUAGACUCAAUGAUGUGUUAUAUUUAUUCUGUUUAAAAACUAGCUUAAUCUAAUUUCAAAUAAAUAUUCUGAUAUUUUGAGAUAUACAGAUACACUGAUAUAUACUGAUAUACUGAGAUAUACUUUUUACCUUCAGGUCAUUUUUAUUGAAAUCCAAAUAGAAAAAUGUAUGGAGUGUUUUAUUUUACAUGUUAUGGGCCAUAGUGAAAUGAAUUAAGAAUAAUAAUAAUAAUAAUAAGAAGAAAAACUUUAUUAUUCCCCAAAGGGAAAUAUAGGCUUUCAGCUUCAUAAAAUCCUGUUCUGGCUUUCUUUCACUCAUAUUCUAGGGAUGCAGCACCAACCUCUCUCCCCUGAAGCAGUCCACUUCUGAGAAGCGCCACUUCAGAGUUUAGGAUUAAAAACACUUUGAAUGCUUGUUGACAAGAGGUUCGGAGACUUAACGUUAAACACAUUUUUUUGUAAUGUGAAAUGUGGUUUUUAUUUUGAUAGUUGCCCCAGUCCAAGUCUUCUCCUCAUGAAGCAGGAUCAAACGGAUCCCCAGUCAGUUCUCCAUCAAUAUUAUUAUACAGCUUUAAAGGUCCCAUAUUAUGCAAAUUCACUUUAGAAUGGUUUUCUAACAAUAAUCUGCAUCCCCAGCCAGUCUACAAAACCCCCCAAAAUAAGAAAAUUCGAUCCUCUCCCUUUCUUGCUUGUUCCACCUUUCAGAAAAUGUCUGCUCAAAUGGGCGGAUUGAACCUUUCGCCCUCUAUGACGUCAUGGAUGGCGAUAACUCCCCUCCAGGUUGGUGACCCUGCCCAAGAUAUUUGUUCUGCCCCCCGAAAAUUUCCACCCAGACACUAUUUUUCUCCCACUCAAACGCUAGUUCAAAAUGGCAAAGGUUUGAGCAAGGCAAGGCAGUUGCUCUGUUGUUGGUUGCACGAAGCAACACAGAAGUCUGUUUCUGUAGACUACAAGAACAUUGUCACGAGAGAUAACUAUACUUACAAGAUAGAGCAUCAAGUAAGGAGAAGACAGCAGAGAUGUAACCCAUAGACUGUAUAUAGAAUGGACAGAGUCUGCCUCCUCGCUGGGUAAAGCCACUCCGAGAACAGCACCCUCUGGUGAUGGGCUGCAGUAUAGGUCAUAAAUCCUGCCUCCGCCAGCAAAGCUUAUGGAGCUGUGGACAAACUUUAGAAAUUUAUUACACAGAACAUAAAUUUUUCUCCCCCCUGCUUGCGAUGUUGACAUGUAGUUAUUGUUAGACUGGUUUGUGCUUAAGUCCUCUUUUUUCUGUGAAGCUCUGUUUUUAAAAGUUAUUAGGGGGUUCAUGUUUGCUAUGAUUGACACCUGAUAUAGCCCAUGGGUGUUCAGUGAUUGCGUAGCUCUCCCAGGGGAUACGCUGUUUGAGCCGAGCGUCAUCACAGUGACUCUCUGCGACUGCGCGGCCGAAUGCGCACAACGCUACUGCACAGCGCUGGUUUCAGGAAAUGAAGAAAAAUCCCGGGAAUACCGAGAGCUUUUUGGCUUCAAAUCCGUAUACAGGCGGUAGGCGGAACCAGGUUGUCCAUAGUAUAUACAGUCUAUGAUGUAACCGCUAGCAGGAGCUAAUGUUACCUAGCUACAUGCAAGUCACUGUGUACCGACACACCAACAAAGUAAAAAGAAAAAUACGGACACACAUAAUAUUUGUAACCAUUCAGAAACGUCCUGCUGCAGCCACAGAGUUAGAAUUUCUUCAGGAGCCUCUCCUUCUGGGUCAGACUCUGGAUCAAACUAGUACGGCUGGACGACAGCGCUUCUACAGCACUGUGUGUAAACCAUAGGUGUAAACAUUAGGGCAUGGUACCGAAGCGCAAUCCACACACCCCUCUUCCAGAGAGACAGGGAGGGGUGUGGCUUGCGCUGAAGGAGGCGUGGACAGGUGCAGCCCACAGAAACAGCGUGUUCUCAGUAGAGCUCACUAGAGAGAGUUUUCAGGCUGGCUGAUGUCCAGGAAAAAACUGGGUUUUUAGACCACAAACUUCGAAAUUGACUGUUCUGGGUCCUCUGAGACCUAUGUGAACCUGCUGAAAAGGACUAUAAUAUGGGGCCUUUAAGUCAAAGGCAAAUGCUACAGAGUUGGACAUUUAAGAUAUAAAAUCUUUUACCUUUCAAUGAUCUUUAGAUCUUAAAAAAAGAAGAGUCCACAGAUUCUUUUUACAGAGGGCUGAGUUUGUGGCAAUUACAACCGAACAUAUUUGUUACCAGAUGCAUCGAGUUUAUAGUAAAUAAGACAACAUGCAACACAGCUCAGAGUGGGUAAUGUUCCUAGCCUCUAGAAAUAUUGAUUAUCUUUUCAUAGUUUCCAGGGCAACAAGAUGCUGCUUGCCUUGUUCAGAUACAGUUUUAUUAUUUUUACUGCAUUUAUGGUCACCUUGGGUGUGCGUGUGCAGCAUGUUACCAUGGUUUCAAUCUGCCAUUAUCUCUUAUGCUUUGGUUUUCUCUGCACACAAUGAUGCAGAAUCGUAUCAAAGAGGAUUAAAGGAAAAUGUUUUCUCAUUGUUUAAGAAGGAGCUGCAAUAAUAGCUGAUGAUUUCAUUCGCUCUGAAAAGCUUCAGAGCAGCACGGAGGGAAAGUUGUAUGAAUCCCCUGCAGGCAUGUAGGAAGAUAAAACAAGACUGAGAGAUGCAGAUGGGUGUAAAGACGAAAAGUGAAGCACUGGGUCGGUCUGUCAACAUCAAGACAUCUGAACAAAGAUCAGUGAAGGAAAGAGAGAUGUCAAAAGAAAACCCUCUGCAGGGUUGAGAGUGGCAGUCCUUAGCUGUUAAAACAAUCUGUGGUGGACACUUGAGUGAGAGUGAAACCUGUGAAUGACUCAGCAUGUAGUGUCAAGACAGAUAAGAGAAAUACUUUCAGAUCAAUAAGACGGACGGUAAGUGCUGUGGUGAAGGUGGUAUCCCCUUAGGGAGGUUCAAAUGAAAAAUACGAGUAAGCUCCAAUCAGAUAAAAAUAGUAGCAGCGGAAGAUACUCUCACACAGGAUUGAAUCGUACCAUUGGUGAGAUCUUGGUGCUAUAAUAAUGAUGGAGCUGCUCUGAGGGCAUUUUAAAGGGUUUACUGUUUGAGGUGAUAAAUAAAAAACUUCAUUCUUUGAUCGAUGAACAGGGUUUUCUUUUCCAGGUCUGUUGAGUCACCAGAUUCACAGAAACAGUCCAGUGAAACAAGAGGUCUUGAUCUUACCCUUACCAUAACGCUUAAUCUUAAGCAGUAUCUGCACAUUUUUUCUUCACCUUUUCUUUUUUUUGUAUUUCUUGACGUAGGGUCACCAAGAUGCUCCCAGACAUCCGAUUUCAAGGCUGUAGGAGUAUUCAUAAUUUAAAAAUGAUCUCACUACCCCUCUCCACUUCAGCCAGUGCCCACCAUUUUUGCAGUACUACAUCUAAGGCAACAAGCACAUUUCUCUUAAUAGACUGUAAAACAAAAACGCAGUUGACAUAGAGGAUGUGAGACAUACAUGGGAUGAUGGUCUCUGUAGUUUCAGUUUUCUCUCUGGAGCUGAGUGGAGGGAAAUAAUUCCCUCUGCUCCUCUGGGACUGAAACAAAACUACCCAAAAGACCCAUUCCUUCAUAGCAGGUCUAGCAGGUCCAUAAGGGUAUACAGACACCUUUCUUCUGAACUGCAAAAACUAGAAGAAAAUCCAUCUUUGAGAAAGUAAGCUUUAUCUGUGUAGUUAUCCUGACUGCCUCUAAUUGCCAUUACUCAGCUGGAAUUUGACAGUUUAGUCAUAGCACAGUAGAUCAGAAGGGCCUGUAUUUGCAUUUAUGCAAGCCGAGACUUACAGCAAGUCCUACAUUUAUUAUGGAUUAUCCAUUAGUGGCACAUAUAUUGUACAUAAAUCAAGCAGAAAUAUCCAUCCAGUGUGAAUAUCAUAGUAUCUCUAGCAACUGGAGUACCUGUCCCUUGAAGGGCUCUUGCGAGAAUAAAAGAUAAUGUUAAAGUCCCACUCCGAUCGAUGUUAAUUGUGUUUACAUUUCUCAGCUUGUUAAAAGAUGUGUGUGAAACAGCGUGUAGUAUGAAUGAGAGAACACCCAUAACAGCAAAGAGGAGAUUCCUCCCCCACGUGUUACAGCCCGCAUAAUGAUGAUUUUAGAGAGAGAGAGAGAGAGCUCUGACUUUGCUCUCCCUUUCUCUGCCCCUGACUGACUGUUACAUAAUUUAUGAAGGAGGGAUGAGCGCUGUAGAUUUCCUCUGCUGAAAUGCAGCAGCUGCUGCUGCCUGCAUGCUAGGUCCAUUACGGUAUUCCACAGCUAUCUCGGUGUGGGGCAGGAGAGCCUGACAUACACUGAGUCAGAGAGGAGGGAGAGGACGGGAGAAGCACCGAUUUCUGCAAAUCCAGACUUCAGGAGCGGUAAAUUAUCAAGCAUAUUUCUGUUGAUUUUCUCUUUAAAUUAAUAUCUGUUGUCUGUCAUCUGUAGAGUACUUUAAUAAUUAGCACAGACAUCUUCUGCAGUGCAUUCAUUUGACAGUGUUUUUGUUAAUCAACAGGACUAUUUGCCAUCCUCCUCAUUAUGCUGAGGAAGGGCUCAGAGCUGCAGAAGGGGGACAGAGAGGUCCUCCUGGAUCUGGACUAUGGUGGUGAAGCACAGAACACAGACAGUUACGGGAGUCUACAGAACGGGAGCUACAUCCCGCCAAGAUAUGUAAGCACUGUUUGACUUUGUUCAUUAAAUGCUGCAGCAUGGUUUUUCUGUCACACUGGGAUAUUACACUGACAUAAAUAACUGCACACAGCAGCCAUAACUCUGCUGCUACUGCACCGACUUCUCUCUAUAAAUCUGGUCUACAGUAGUUCACUCAACUGUGAGAUAUUGAGCGUCAUAGUCACCAUACUUAAACUGUUUUACAGCCUCAGUUUCACACGAGAAUCGGCACUGUGAAAAUAGUGGUGUCCAAUCCAUUUAAAGCCCCUAUGUACAUGAAAACAGUCUAAAGACAACAAAUUAACUGUUGAAACGGAAAAAUAUGAGCUUUGUUGACAGUUUGUCUUAUUUUUGUGUCAUCAUGCAGCAAAUGAUCCAUUGAUAGAUGACUAAAGUCUUCAGGCAGACCAGUUAAGCACCUGGACUCUUCUACUUCAGAGCCAUGCUGUUGUAUUUCAAGAAAAAUGUAAUUUGGCAUCUCCUUGCUGAAAUAUGUGAGGUCCAUUCUGGAUGGCAGCAUAUGUUGCAAAAAAAAAAAAAACCUGUCUAUAUUGUUCAGCAGUAAUGUUGCCUUUCAUCAGUGGUGUGUAAGCGACCCAUGCCGUGAGUGCUAAUGCAUUUCCAUACUAUCAUAGAUACUGGCUCUUGAACUGUAGGCUGAUAACAAGCUGGGUAGUCCUUCUUCUUUUCACUGCAGUGGAAGCAGCAUCCAUGGUUUCCAAAAAGAAUGUCAAACUUUCAUUUGUCGGUUUUCUGCAUCUGAAUUGAGCUUGGACCCAGAGACGAUGCCAGUGUUUUUAGUUCAUUUAAAAAAAUGGUUUCCUUUGUGCAUGUUACAGUUUAAACCUGUAUUUGUGUAUGUAGCAUCAAUCUGUGUUUGUAGUCUGUGUUUUUGGAUGUGAUUCUGAGCCCAUACAGUGAGUAUGUUAUAUAGCAGUGCCACCUGGAGGGUUAAAGAUCUUAGCCAUCCAUCCAGAGUCAGCCCUUUCCCUUUCUUUAAGAGAUUUUUCAUGAAGGAAUCUUGGAAUGAUUUUAUGAACCUUGGCUGAUGAAACCAUCAAAUUUUCACACUGUGAAUCAUUAUUUUGAAAUUGCUGAAUUAUUUGCUCACCCAGUCUCUCACAGAGUGGAGAACCACUUCCAUCUUUACUUCUGAGAGUUUCAGCCUUUGUCGAUGCUCUGUUAGUACCCAGCAGGCUACAAACCUGUCACAAAUUCACCUCAUUGGUUGGGAGAUGUUCCUCCCCGUGUUUUUUUAGCCUUAUACAACUUUUUCACCCCUUGUUGUCCCUGUCACAACUGUUUCGAAAGUGUUUGCUGGCAUCAUAUUUGAAAUUAGCUUCUUUUUUCAUAAAAUAUUCAAAUUUUUCAGUUUCAACAUUUGAUUUAUUUACUCUUUUCUAGGGAUUAAAUGAUUUGAGAACCAUGAACUUUUUCUUAUAUCUGCAUUUCACAUGGCGUCCCAACUCUUCUCGAAUUUGGGUUGUAAUCAAAUGUGACAUUUUUUGCAAUGAGUGUUUGUUCACAGCCAGUCAGAAAAAACUCAGCGGUCCAUUUUCUAUUCAUCUUUGGGCCCAUUAACACAAAGUGGAAGCUUUUAUGAUGCUCUGUAAUGGCAGCAGAUUUCACAAUUAAAGCUCAUUAAAGGGAAAUUAACCGUCCAUGUGCAGACAAAAAAGCCAGAAAAGGGAGUAUUUUUUAGCUUGCACUUUUUUCUAAAUAACAGAUAUCCUCAAUAACAACUUGUGUGUUUGGAUGCCCUCAGCUUUCAGCUGCAGCUGCUGAGGAUGACAUGGAUGGUGAUGACUCCAUUCAUCUUCAUCAUGAUACAAGAAACAGGCACCCAGUUCCUCAGCCGGGGAAUUACUUCAGAGAUGGACAAACAAAAAUUGGUAGGCAGCAUCAGCAGCCCAGUCAUCUUGAGCUUACUGAUUGAUGACCAAAUCUGUGUUUCAUUUCACCCUCUGACACUCACGGUCCAUCUGCGUUUAGACUUUGUGCUGGUGUGGGAAGUUCGCUCCCGGAGAAAAAGGCGAGGGAAAGAGAAACGGGACGUGAAUGCUGAGGCGGGGGAAACUGUCCCCACUGAGGAGAGUAGCAGGUCUGAGCGAAAGAAAGCACAGCUGGCACAGUGGAGAGAGAAGUUUGUGCAGAAUCUCGAGAAUGUGGGACUGCUCAUGGAAAAGGUUUGCAGUUUAUUUGUCUCAUUACUGGUUCAAAAACGUUAAUUAAAUCGUUUUUUUAUUGACCUAUUAUCUUGCAGUGUCUUCAUGUUGCCUCUCCCUUUCUUUUUUCAGGAGGAAACAGCAAAUGAAAAGAAAACUAUACAUUUUCUGAAACUCAGCGCUCCGUGGGAUGUUCUGGUGUGUUAUGCUGAAGAACUCUGUGUCAGAGCUCCAUUACAGGUCCGUGCAUCUGCUUAGAACUGAAUAUGUUAAUUCUUAAUCUAUUAUUUAUUAGGUUUGUAUACCUAUGACUUUGGGGUUGAUGUUUCACCCAGCCUUGACUAACCUUGUGUCAAGGCAAACACCUGUGUGAUGAACAACCACUGAUCUUUGCACAGACAUCCACAGAUUUUACACAACUUAUCAUGUGAUCACUCUUAAUUUGUUAAAUCCAAGAAACUGGUUUUAACCAUGAAUGAAAUAACAACAAUCCGAUGCCUUGGAAAAAAUCCUUUUUUUCAUGUUUGCUGCAAUGAUUGUCACUUUUCCUUAAAGGGCAAAGAUAUUACAUACACAAUACACAUUAUUUGGGAUAAAUUAUACACAGUAAACUUGGUGAAGACCAGCGUGUUAGCAUUAUGAUGGUACAUGUUUUCCCAUGCUGAUGUUUGUAAUCACCUCUAAGCAUGGCAGUGAACUGUGAUCUUUUUCAUUAUGCUCAUGUACAGGAUGAAUACUUGCAAACACAAAUGAAUGAAUGGCAUUUAUUAAGCUAUUCCAGACACUCUCUGACUCUGCAGCUGAAACCUUUAUGCAUGCUUUCGUCACAUCCUGUCUUGAUUACAGCAAUGGCGUCCUGUCUGGGGUACCCAUCAAAGCCCUUGACAGGCUUCAGUGCUGACAAAGCUCAGCUGCUGCCAGGGUUGUCACCCAUACCAAAGUCUAGAAGCACAUCACCCCAACCCUCAUCCACCUCCACCGGCCCCCAAUCAAAUCCUACAUCAGUUACAAAAUACUGCUCCUCACCUGUGAAUCACCCUGUCCUGUAACCUUUUAGCUGCAGACACUGGCCUUCUGUCUAUCCCAAAUACCAGACUUUGUGAAUGCAAAGACAGGGCUUUCUGUGCCCUCACCUUCUGGAGCAGCCUCCUCUCAGACAUCCAUAAUACCCAAUCUCUAACCACCUUUUAAAAACUACUUAAACACCAGCUGUUCAUUAAGCUGCUUCCCCAUCAAGCGCCCCUUACGCUUUUUCCCCUGUGUAAGGAUGCCUAGCCCAUGUUCUCAAGUAAAAAAAUGGAAGGUCCACACGAAUGAUCAUUUUGACAAGCUUUACUGGUUACAGAUCUGGGUUACAGCUUCAUCAUGCCACAAGUGUACCACGAGUGUCACCUAAGUGUAACACAAGCGUAACAAAUUGUAACAAAGAUUGGUCUGAGACCGUUCAAGGAUAUAUAGUCGUCCACGUUUCCAAACAUUCCGCUUGACUCUCGGUGACCUAAAGGAGAGUCCAUAUAAGGUAACAACAAAGCCCGAGUGAUGUUAAACACGGGUACAAGGUCCUUGUUGAGGAUGGUUGUCGGAGGACCAUGGCUCCAGAAAUCUAGCACCAAAGUAUCUGAGGUAUUUGAAUGACACAGCUCCACCACUCUAAAGGCUGACAUGACUGGGUAAAGAAAAUCAUCCUAACAGUCCUUACUUUUUUACACCCUGUCCCAGUCUUAUUAUAACUUUUAUUAUUUUAUUGCUCCACUUUGUAAAGUGACCUUGGAUCCCUAACCAGCCACGAAAGUCAUGUUUGACAUCCCUGAUAGUUGAUGAAAUAUAUGUAGAACAAAACUGAAGGGCUUUAGUCACAAAAAUGCGCUUUCUUUUGUCCCCCAGUAACCAUAGUGACAGAUUUAUUUUUUUUGUAGAAAAAGCUAAGGAUAAGUGUAAAAAGGAUUGGAUUUUCUCUAUACUAAAUGAAUCUAUGUUUGUCUCCAGGCGCAGCCUAAUCUGGACUUGAACACAUCUGCUCGGGUACUAAGUAGACUAUGCAUACCUAACGUCAUGACAGAGUCUGUGCCAAACAGGCCGCUGGACUAUUACACAUGUGCCUUUCGCAAGUCAAAGAUGAGCAGGUGAGGUCUACGAAACAAAGAUGAAAGACGAUCAGUCAGUUAAGUUUCAGAGUGUUUUUGUCUGAAUGAAUGACUCUUGUCUGCAGGUUCCUUGGCUGUGACAACCACGAAAACUACUUCACUAACACACAGAGGCAUCGCAUUGUGAGUAACCAAAAUCACACAACAUUACAUGUCAUCAGUGAAACGAUCUCCUUAUGCAGCGAGAGAUUGCUCGUUAUUUCAGGUGUAUGAGAUUCUUGCCAGGACAGUGUACGGCAAAAGGAAGAGAGCAGAGGUUGGUGUGGACAGACUUGUAAAUGAAGGAGUGUACUCAGCCGCUUUCCCUCUUCAUGAGGUGAGGUAUCAUUUGUAUACCCUCAAAUUUGAUAUCAACCUCCCUCCACAGCCAACACAGCUGUAUGUUUUCUUGCUUUUAGGGCCCCUUUGAACUCCCAAAGUAUGGAACCCGUCCUGAGGAGCUGAACCCGAGGCAGAUUCUUUACCAGUACUGGGCCCGAUGGUUAAAAUGGUACAAGUACCAGCCACUGGACCACAUCAGAGAGUACUUUGGAGAGAAGAUAGCAUUCUACUUUGCUUGGUUGGGUAAAUAUUAACUCUUAUUCAGAUGUACUGAGAAGUUUACCUUCUAAAUGAUCCAGUUUCUUCCUGUUUUUUUACAUGCUCUGAUUUAAGCCAACAAAAAAAAAAAUCAAUUUUUAAAAUUCUAUAACAAUGAAUCAGUUCAUACAAUAUCUACUUACUCAACUGUUUUAAACUAGUAAUGGAGAUCGCCAUAAAAUGGAAGCCCAGGCCGGCCAUGGAUUUUUCUUUUUUUAUGCACUGUUAUCUCAUGAUAACAACUUAUCUUGUUAUCUCGCUAAAACAGAGUUUGUUUUCCUGAGUUUUUAUUAUUAUUUUUUAUUUGUUAUCUCACAUAACAAAGAUCCUUUUCUCAUGAUAGGGGAAAUGGCGUUUAACCCGACUUCAAAUGGUAACUUUUAAAAACACCCUCCAGAUUAGGAUGUUUCUGAAACACUGCAGCCACUGUUGUCAACAGCAAGUCGGGGAUUUCAAUGAAAAUCUGAUGGCAUGCUCCACUCUGCGCAUUCCUAUUACACUUUCUACGAUUCGCACAUGCUAGUUAAAGGUUCCCAUGUUGGCUGCAGUGUUUCAGAAAUAUCCUAAUCUGGAUAUAAUCUCUUUAAAAGUUACCAUCGGCUAAAAUGCCACAUCCGUUUUCUUGAGAAAACUAUCUUUGUUAUAUUGAGAUAACAAAAAAUAAUUCGAGAAAACUAUCUUUGUGAUAUCGAGAUAAUGAGAUAAUAAGUCAUAAUCAUGAGAUAACAGUGCAUAAAAGAAAGAAAAAUCCAUGUCCUUUCUAAUCAUCUGUACCAUAAGACCUCUGAACCAACACGUACAGUGAUUUAAAUCAGCGCAUUGAUAGAAAUGUGAAAGCACUAAACUUGUGACAAUAGAGGGUUUUUUCAAGUACUUGGGAAAUGGCACUUAAACAUUCAAACCAACAAGUAGCAAAUUCUUAAAAAAAGAGAGAUGUGGAAUAAAUACCUCUUUUUGAGUGCUUGGACCUACUACAGUCAGUUGUAGCGAAUUCAUUUAGACAUUUAAGUUAAUGAAUAUCUGAACCAGUGUGAGCCAUGCUGCGAAAAAUGCUUUUUAAGACUGAUUAUCUCAGUGAGCUAACAUUUGUAUAAUGACUAUGCAAAAAUGCUGAGGGGAGGCAGGUUUAAUUUAUGGUCUGUGGCGCUCUCGUCAUCAUUUUAGCACUGUCAUUAGCUCUCUGAUUUUAUGCUCACUUGAGUCGAAUGAAGACUGAGUUCAAAUUUGAGGCCCCCAUAAGCCUGUGAUCAGUUAAUAAUACACAACCUUGUCAUCAGAUAGAAAAACAGUCCAGACUACAGCCAGGGAAGCUUUUAUUGUUCUCUACAUCUGCCUGGUAGAUUUAUCUAGGACAGCUCUCCCUGGUGAACAGAGAUUCAUGUUUUACCCUCCUUUAAAAAUAAACAGCUCAAAUUGUUAUUAAGCACAGGAAGCAAAACACAUCAUGCCUCAGUAAAGAGAAUACUGAAGCACGCACAGUUCCUUCCACAGAAUAGUGAGAGGAAAAAGCCUUCAGACGAUUUAGCACCACCCUCUGCAUGAGAUAUACAUCUUUUGUGAUGCUUAACUGACUUCCUCAUCAAGGACACCCCGGUAUUAAACAGCAUUGCAGCAGUCUUAUCGCACAUCCCCCCUCCAUCAGCUGGGAGCUGUAGCCUAAUGGAUCUUUUAUCUCUGCAGGUUUCUACACAGCCUGGCUGCUGCCAGCGGCAGUGGUGGGAACCCUGGUCUUUGUAUCUGGAGUUGUGUCAAUGGGAACCAACACACCAGCGUGAGUCCAGAAACAAUUCCCAUUAUACAGCAAAUUUCAGAUGAGAUUAAUUAUACUCAUGAAACUUCUCUAGAAUGUAGAUGUUUCAACAACCCAAAAACAGAAAAGUCUAUAAAACAAAUAUAGAUUUAAAAAAAGAACUACCAUGGAAGCAAAUCUGUGUCAUCUGAUUUUGAUUUUAAAUUUCUAAAGCUGAAUUUUUUUUGCAUCAAAAUCAGACCUUGAAUUUCAAAACUAUCGAAUCUCAAGCAUGCAUUUUUAUCUCUGACACUUAUUUUUUUCACAAUGAUGAAACAAAUUCAGUGUAAAAAAAUUGAUUUCUCAAAAUAUUCGUUUCUUUAAAAUUCAACUUAAAAAAAAACUGUAAAAAGAAAUUCAACGAAAAAAAAAAUUCAGUGUCAAAAAAUUCAGUGUAAAAGUGACUGACUCAAUAUUUGGGUAACCAGGGAGAAGCAAUCGAUUCCUGGCUCCAUCCAGCGCCCUCUGGAUACAAUCUUCCACUGGGCCACAUGACAAAUGUAGCAUUAUUUGAUCGGAUGGAUGAUUGGAUGGAUGACUGAGCCAGGAUUUUAUUGCUUCUCCCUGGUUACCCAAAUGUUGAGUCGGUCUCUUUUACACUGAAUUUUUUUAAUGUAAAAAUGAAUUUCAGCUUUAGAAAUUCAAAAUCAGAUGGCACAGAUUUACUUCCAUAACCUACAACACAAGCACUCAUCACUGAUGUUUUACCUAAAUAUAUGAUUGGUCUGGGUUUAAAGUGUUGAAAGACAAAAAAACGACACGUUCUACUGUCCUGGCCUCACUAAAUAAAGGCAUUGUGGACUCAGUCAGAUUCAAAACUGCCCAAUUUAUGCAUAGGAUAUUAAAUAUGUAUUACCUGGCAACAGUCAAAAGAUGUUUUCUGGCAAAGAGAGGGGUUAUAACUCAAGGGGGAAUUUAAAGUUAAGGGUUUUUUGAUAGCUUAUGCAAUGUACUGAAAUGAACAUCAAUGCCUUUUUAUGACACUCAAAAACAAAUGAAACCAGUGGCAGCAAGAUUGACCAUCACUGUAUGGUAAUUUUUACUGCCUGUAACUGCUGUGAGGGAGUAGAUACGCCAAAGAAACUGUCUACUUUUCCUACAGCAAAUACUCACAGUAAGCGAUAAAAAAAGACUACAGGAGUCAGCCAACAGCACUAAGUAAAGACGUUAUGAAGGUCACUAUUUCAUCUACAGGAGGUGCCAAAUCAACAUAGACAUAAAAUUCCCCACUGGACCUCAUCAGAUUGUUGUUGUCUUGUUCCACUCUGUUGUUUAACCAGAGAGAUGUUCUUAAAGGGAUAUUCAGGCUUAAAAUUAAGUUAUGGUCAAACACAUUGUUACACCGAGUCAGACACUCCCUCGAGAGAUAAAUGUUGCAGACUGCUUACUUCCCUAGUUAUACCAACUUUAGUAAUGACCGGCUAAGAUAAGUCUCUCAAAACAAACACAGAUGGCACCGACCCAUAACCUUGUGUGCUAUACAAGCGACCAUGUGUUAUGCAAUGUUAAGGGUACCCCAACUUACUUCAGUCUUACCCACCUCCCACCACAAAUUCAAAUGUUUUUACUUCGUCUAGUUCCAAUAUUGCAAGGUCACAGAGUCAAAGUAAGCUGUCAGAGGCUCAGAGCACACAAAGGAAGAGGCUUUUAAAGAUGGCUCCCCUCUAACGAGCCAGGCUUGUUUGUGAGGGAGCCCUGGCGAGUCCAUCACAGAGUGCAGCAGAUCAUUUCUUUGAAGUAAUGAUUAUAAAUGUUCUUCCUUGAGCUGCGAAACUCCACUUGGUAAUUGACUUGUCAGGGCUCCCCCACAAACAAGCGACUGCUGGAGGAGAGUGGGUGAGCUGUGUUUGGUCUCUUUGCUAAAGAAAUCAGGCAAAGCUAUAAAGAUGUUUGAUGGCUAGUACUAUGGCUGGGAACCUAAAUGUACCGUUGAUGAAGUUAGGUGCUGUUCUGAGCAUUAUUUGUGGUUAUAGAGUGACUUUUUGGUUGAGGUUUGUGCGUGGAGACAUAGGCUGUAUCUCAUUUCAGAGACCGCACCGUCGAACGGCGCAUUUGAAGUUUGCAUGAUGUCAUCACGCGGCGCGAACGGUGUCCCAUUUGGCUCGAAAUGCUGAGCGCGCUUCAAAUUCUGUCUCAAAACCACACUACCCCCCGCCCCUUUUUCAAGCGUGCAUUUAUGCACGCUUUUGUGGCCUUGGUAUCCCAGAAUCCUUUGCGUGCCGCUGCUCAGCUGUGCAUAUCGAUUGAGAGGCCGGAUUUGCUUGGAGACGCAGCGCGUCUUCAAAGAAAAUAUAAGAAAUCCAAAAACAGCAGACAGUCAGCUCAGGCUGCAUGAGCGCAUGAUCUCUGAACUCACUAAAAUUUGCAAACCAAACAUUAUAGUCCUAAGAGACGAACUGAUCCGCUCUGCUUAAACUAUCAAAAACAUUAAUGCCUGUGCUGACAUCAAUACCAAACCAAGUUACUGCAAACUGUAAGAUUAGUGUUAAACUACUCCUCAAGAGAAAGAUCUUGUUUCCCCAAAUAUUGAACUAACUCUUAAGAGGCACAAGAAUGCCCUAGAAAACAGGACUCUUCUUACUCUUUUCUACCCAAAUUAUGCAAAGCAAGUGCUGUUUCUAAAACAAACAGGCCAGAACAUCAAAGCACAGCCUGCCCUGCAUAAAAGAAACCCACUGGGUAUAUAUGUGCCCAGUUUGUUAUUCAUUAUUAAACACCACAGUGGGCUCUGCCCAACCUGCAGAGUACCUCACAAUCACUUCUUUUUCAGGCUCUGUAUACCUUAGGGUGUUUGUCCCUCAAUUUUGCCUUUGCGAUUGUUGGGGGUUUAGUGUUCUGGUUUUAUAGCCUCCUACUGCUCCCAGUGACGGAAAAUUUAUCUGGCUGUAAAGUAACAAGGGAGGUUAGAGGGAAAGGAAGACAAGUCAAUAUCUCAGGAAAGGAAACAGCUGAAUGUCUAAGAUUCAUGAGCUUCAUUAGUUCACACUUUAGGUUACAACCAUUGAUCAACUCAGAAUAGAUGGAGAGCAGUCAGUGGCAAUGACAGAGUGCAGAAGUCUUGACUGAUAAUGGACAAUUAGUGCAAAAUAAGCUCCACAUCAUACAGCUAACAAAGAAAGAACACUCUCAGUGAGUCCAGCCUUCAUUUGUUUGGCUGAUCCCAUGUGUAGCUAUUCUGUCAGUAACUCAGUUUCUGAAAGUGCUUCCAGAAAGCUGUUAGAAAGAUUUCAACACCUCCCAUCUCUUCUGCUUUCUCCCUCGUUCAACAUACUGCAGUUUUAUGUAAGUGCUUUAUUCGAUUAAAGGCCAAAUCAAUCUGUUUCUGUCCAUUCUGCAGAGAAACCUGAUACAUUAAAAUGGGAAUAUUUUCUUAGUUUGAAAGAUUUCAAACAUAUUUUUAGCUAGCUGAAUCUAAUCUGUGUUUAUGUGUUUGUCAACAGUAAAGAAAUCUGUAACAGUGGAGAUUCCUACCUGAUGUGUCCUCUCUGCAACACCUGCGAGACUUGGAACAUGUCUGAAAUCUGCACCAUGGCUAAGGUAACAAAGCAUAACCCAGCUAAUCAUUUUUAAUCCAUGUUGAAAUGUUGAUAGCUUCUUCAUAAUUAUCUAGUAUCUCUGUCUGCAUUGCAGUUGGGUUACUUAUUUGACCAUCCAGGCACAGUCAUCUUCAGUGUAUUCAUGUCCUUCUGGGCUGUAACCUUCCUGGAGUACUGGAAGAGGAAAAUGGCGACCCUGGCCCACCACUGGGACUGUAUGGACUUUCAUGAAGAAGAGGUAACACAAGUUUUUUUCUGUUUGCUUUUAGUUUAAUGAUGGCCUUACUACUCAUAUUUUAAAAUGUGCAUUUGCUUAAAACUUGAGAUGCCGUUGAGGGGUGUGGGUAAAGUGGAAUAGUAAGGUAAAUGUGUGUAGGAGUAAUCCCAGGAUGACCCUGCCUGCUGCUCUGAAAGGCUUGUGUUAUGAGUCACACAAAAUAUAUGGCCAUGUUUCAUGAUUUGUGAUUUCAAACCAAGAAAACAUGAUUGAAGUCAGUGACUACAACUUUGUAGCACAGCAAAGGUGGAAGAGGCCACCAGAGAGCUGGCCAACCUACUUUUGGGGAGAUUUAAAGAGACAGUUGUCAAAGUAGAGCACGAUAUUCAUAAAGCCUGAAAAUGAGCAUUAUUCCCUCCUUUCAGCUGUAAACUAAGGCAAGGACAUAUAAAGUUAAGAUUGAAGAUGAUCUGUCAGUUUAACAUAAAUAAAUAUUUUCUUUGAGUUUUGGCUAGAUGACUUCAUCCUACAGAUUUUUACCAUCAUAAUAUACCACUAACUCUGUGCUUUUUAAACAGAGUUGGCUAAAACUUGACAAAGAAUUUGUGAAUUUUUUUGAUGUCCUAUCAAAGGAAAAAGUGAAGCACCUGAGCUGUGGGAACUCUACCCUUUGAUUUCCAGACCAGGUUGUCUGUGUUCAUAGACACGUGUCAUCAUUGUCUUCUCUCAGGAGCGUCCUCGGCCGGAGUUUGCAGCUAUGGCCCCAUUAAUGGAGCAAAACCCAGUGACAGGGGUUAAAGAGCCAUACUUUCCAGAGAAGACACGGUUGUCUCGAAUGUUCACCGGCUCCAUGGUCAUCAUCAUGAUGGUGAGACGCUGUCUCAAAGUGUUUAAAAAGUGCUCCGUGUGAAGUCAAGGAUCUAUUCUGCAAUAGUUCAUAUAGUUUGUUUUCAUCCAGGUUACUUUAUUUAAUAAUUGUAUUCCCUGUGUUUUUAUUUCCAUGGAAUAAACACUCAAAGGGAUAUUCGGGCGUAAAAUCAAGUUAGGUUUGAACACACCGUAAACACACCACGUACUAUUACUGUUGUGCGGUCAUUACUAAAGUUGGCAUGACUAGAGAAGCAAGCAAUCGGCAACAUUUAUCUCCCAAGGGGUUGUCUAACUCAGUGUUAUGGUGUGUUUGACCAUAACUUAAUUUUAUGCUGGAAGAAGUCUUCAUAACUGAUGGAGACAGUGAAUCUGGUCCACAAAGCCUGCCUUGUCCCACCACCAUGUGCUAGUGUAGUUCAGAACUAACAAACCAAACACUGGCUUAAGGGCUUUUUACACUCUUUGUUGGAAUGUGUAAAUUUAACUUCUAUGUGACACUAAAUCCUCCUCACUGGUCCAUUAAAAGAUUAUGUGUAUGUAUAAAGUUUUACUCCAAAAAUAUAUCAUUUAGGAAAAAACUUAUCACAUUACAACAUGUACCGGUAUAUGCAAACUUUUCUCCAUGAUUAUACUUGAUGUUAUACAUGGUUUCAGUGAAUGAUCUCUGUGUCUUUCAAGCAUUUACUUUUGUGAUCAUGAAAAGAAAGUUAGGUGGGGUUGAGCAGUAACUCAACUCUUCAAAAAAAAAAAAUAAAUACAGAUCAUACACCCACAGGGUCAGAUCUGGUCUCAUUUUUCUAACCCCUUCACUCCAGACUCAGUCUCCCUGCCACUCUAUUGUCAGUUUGCAGCCACAGAAGCAGGAUUGAGGGGUAGUUUUGAGACAAGGCUCAAUUCAAGAUCAACUUAAAUGGAGAGUUGGCAGAGGAUGGCUUCAGAUUACAUUAGCACUGAAAAAGGGAGGUCCCCAAGUUGUUUUAGUCUUCACACCAUCAGAUUCCAGUCACCCUUUAGUCAAGGAUGCAGUGGUGGCUGCAGACCGAUCAGCAUGAACUCAUUAUGACAUUUAUAUACAGGUGCCAUCCCAGGAGGAAAGUAGAGCUUCAGAUGUCCUGGGUUGAAGCCCUCAAGCAUUCAAUGAGCUAUGACAGGGAAGAACUAGAGUCUGACCAUAGUCUGGACUUGGGGUAUGGCUCAGCCAGCCUUUGGUCUGAAGCAAAAGGAUUUUUAGAGUGCUGUGCCCAUGACUAGGAGAUUGAAUUUAAUGCAGGCUCCUGCUGGCUGAAAAAAAAAACAGCUCAAAUGUUAUCAAAAGUGUAUCCAGCCUGAAACUUGUCUUCCUGGGUCAAAUCUGUACAGAGAAAACCAAGUUCAGUCUCAAGAAGGAGAAUACAUCACUAAAACAAGACCAGGUCACAAUGACAAAAUCCCCAUUUUCACAUGAACGACAGCACUGCACAAAUAUUGAAGCCUAGGCCCUUUUCCCGAACUAAUACACCAGAACAUUUCAGUUUGAGGUCAGUUCUACUUGUCUGUGAGUGACAUUUCAUAACUCAGACUUGGGAACCCGCUUGUUCCUGUGCAGCCUGAGAAAAUCUACCAUGCAUAUGUUCCGAAUUUUGAUGAUUUUUCCUGUUUUCCUGAUAAAAUACUCUCCCUGCGUAACCCACUGUCCCUGUGUCUCUCCUCUCAGCUUUGUGUAGUGAUGAUUUUCCUGGUGACAGUGGUCAUGUGCCGUGGGAUUAUUAGCAUAAUGAUGUUCCAUACUGGGAGUCCCGUCCUACGUACAGAGGUACAUUCAAUUAAUACCAAGUAUUUUUUGUGUGUGCAGACUUGCAUUGCUAUCAUUAAGAAUUUAUUCUUGAAAUGAAAACACACACACAGACUCUUUGGGCAGUCUGUGUGUGUGCCUGUAUGCAUGUCUUUCUCUCAUACUUUUUUGUAAUCUUGUCCUCAGGCAGGAACCAUAGCUAACAUAGCCGGCAGUAUUGUGAAUCUGGGCCUUAUUCUGUUGAUGGGUCGGGUCUACACUGCAUUAGCAGAGCAGCUUACUAAAUGGGGUAAGAAUCAAUACUGUUCUCUGACACCUCAAACCUCAAUAUGAUAUUUAGAUAUCAGCCUCGCCCUGGAUCUUCACUAACUAAUAGCUGAGGCUCCUCAAAGAGCAGAUGUCUCAGGUUCUACCCCAACAUCUGUGGUAAACGUACUUCCUCAGUGAAGGAAACCAAGAGAUAUUACUGGAUGAAUGGCUUCCUCUAUUACAGCUGCACAUGUGUACUACAGCUCCAUUUAUCUUGAAUAUACUAUCAGUGCAUCAUGGAUGCGCUGUUUGCAGUAUUUGCUGUAGCUGUACAGGUGCACCUGAUGAAAAUUAAUGAUAAAAAUAUGGGGAAAUCAUCAACAUUUUUAGAUUUUGGUUUUUAAAAAACAAGAAAUGUCUUUUAGCUGUAGCAGAAACUUACAAUUAUCCUCAGAAACAACACCAGCUGAGUUAGUGACUGUCAUAUUUUGGCAUUUUUUUAAUGGAUUUUAGUUUUAAACAAAGGGAAAAUCCCCGCACACUGUCCAACUUGCAGAAAAAGAAACAAUUUAUUGCUGCAAUGUUUCUGUACUAGACCCUUAUUAGGCAAACAAUGCCAGAUGAAGGUCUAGUACCGAAACGUGGCAGCAAUAAAUUGUUUCUUUUUCUGCAAGUUGGAUAGUGUGUGGGGGUUUUCCCUUUGUUUGAAUUGCUGGAUCCCUUGCUCUUCGAUUCAACCUGUCCUGAAUUAUAGAUGUGUGAAGUUACCUCUCCAUUCUGGAUUUUAGUUUCAACAGCCACAAAGAGACCACAUACAACCUCCUUUGCUUCUUUAAAAAAUGAUGAUUCUGAUACUUCUUAAUUAACCAGGAAUUAGCUUGUUAGCUGAAUAUUGGGCUGCAGCAAGCAGGAACCUCUGUUGUUGAAAAUGAGGCCAAUGUGGAAGUGCAUAAAACUUGAGUUCUUCAUGUGUCUGCAAAAACCAAAGAGCCCCCACUGAAUCCCAAGUGAAAUUGUACAGGAGUGAAUAGAAAGGUGUGGAGUUAAACACAGAUGUCUAUAAUUAGGGGUACGGCUGAGUUGACAGACAGGUGGACAUGUUGUAGCUGUUUGCCAGGAAGCGAAAAAACACCUCUGCCUUACCUCUGUUGAAAGUCAAGUUGAUUUAUUAUUGCUGGGCUCACAUCACUCUUCAGAAACCAAUGACUGAUGUCACUGAGAUUACAUCCAUGUUUUUUACAGUUUGUAGGCCUCACAGUGGAAGCCUUUCAGUGUGAAUGUCCAGGGAAAUGGUUGUCUGUCUCUAUUUGUCAGCUCUGUUAUUGACUUAUAAACCUGUGAGAGCUGGGAUCGGCUGCAUCUCCUUGCAAAGGCAUUGACAGAGCACAUGAAGGAUGCGUAGCUAACUGCCAUCAGAGUCAACAAGAAAACAAGGACAAACACUUUCUGAAGUGCUUUUCUAAUAUAGACUCCAGUUAAUCACCUCUUUAGUCCAAAUACAGCAAGUAUAGUAUUCAGUCUGUCUGAAACAUUUACCUCAGUUAUUAACAAAGAAGUAAUUCAGUCAGUGCAGUAAGAUGAUGACUUUUUUUGUUAGUUAGUUAGUUUGUUUGUUUGUUUUAAAGUUUUGUGUUUGCCAAACUUAUCUGUAAGCGAUCGAAAAAGAGUUUACGGAACAGAGGUUUUAUUGUAACCCUCUUUAUGUUGUUCUUCAUUUUAGAGAUGCACAGAACUCAAACUCAGUAUGACAAUGCCUUCAUCUUCAAGGUCUUCAUCUUCCAGUUUGUCAACUUCUACUCAUCUCCUUUCUAUGUAGCUUUCUUUAAAGGAAGGUGAGGCACAAGCCAGCUCCAACAGUCUCACACAAACCAUUGAUGAUUUGGACGUUUUGUACCACAUAGAAUUUAACCUGUUUCUCAUUUUUCUGCCUGGGUAGGUUUGUAGGAUACCCCACCAACUAUGGGACCUUGUUUGGGAUGAGAAACGAAGAGGUGAGUUUUGAAUUGAACACAUGUCAAACACACAUAAUUGGAUACAUUUCUUCUUUGGCGUUUAUAAAACUGUUUUUCUCCGCUGCAUCAUGUGUUUUUCUACUUUUACAGUGUGGUCCCGGGGGUUGCCUCAUUGAACUGGCUCAACAGCUCUUCAUCAUCAUGGUGGGAAAGCAACUCAUCAACAACGUUCAGGAAUUUAUUAUCCCGUAAGACUAACAUACUUCUUCUGAGAAAUUACACAUCUAUUAUUCAUCUGGUCUUUAUUCUUGCAGAUACUGUUUAUUAUUUUGUUCAUAUUAAACAAAAUCCAGGUUUAUUAUCCGGCUUUGAGAGCUGAAUAUCACUUACUUUGUCUGUGGGAGCUUGAAUGCCACUUUACAAAGAGAUAGGAGAAGAAUUUGGUAAACUACUCAUCAUUUUGACAAGGACAUAGUAAAGCCAGAUGACAGAGAACAGGAAAGAAUAAUGGUGAGGCUGUGCAGGCACGUGUAAUUUUAGUAACAACAGCAUAAAAGCCUUUUCUUGGACGUUUUGGUUUUUCUAAUGUUGCAUCAGACUGCUUUGCAACCUGAUUGCAGCUGCUUUAGUUUGGUGCAGUAAUACUCAUCACAGUACCUCUGCAGCACUGACACAGUGUGUGUGUGCGCAUGUGUAUGUGUGUGUCUAGAGAAAAACCUGAACAGGCAACCAGGCAGAGACAGAAUGUAGGAGGCUUUUGGGGAACAAAAUAAUAUAACAGGAAGCAAGGCAGUCUUUAUGGACAACUCAAGCAAUAUUUCAGAACCAGUGAAACUCUGACACUUUCCUCUGCACACUCAGAGUUACUUUGAGUCUGAAGGUAUCCCAGAAUAAUGUCGGGAGCUUCAUUACAAAAAAAAAUGAUUAUUUUCAGUUGGUAGCUCAUUCUGAACAGAGUUUUUUAACAUCCUUAAAAAUAACAUGACUGGGUAACAGUUUUGCAUAAAGUUUCCAUAUUUGAGGCCACGACUGAGUUGAUUGACAGUUGGGUGUGUCGUAGCUUAUAUCCAGGAAGCUUAAUGCCUGCCUCAACUUCAGUCCCCCCCUCCAAACUAAAAGAAAAAUACAUAAAUAAAAUAAAUACAUAAAAAUAAAGAAACUGAGUGACAUUACAGAGACUGUGUCUAUUCUAAAACAGUCUAAAUGCCAGUAUUGUAAAGCUAUCUGGUUCUGUUUUCAUUGGCGCUAGAUCAGAUUGUGCUGCUUUGUUUACUUCACUUUCCAGUAAGAACACAUUAGAUUUACAAAACCACAUCAGAGGGGAUGUGGUGCCCUUUGGCACACACAGGAAUCUUAACAGUAUCCUGGACUGAGAGAGGCUCCAUUAUUUGAAUAUCUCACAGUUUAUGUUUUAAAUCAAGGAGAGGCAUUUCUGUAGCAGUUCCUGUAAUAAGGAUGAUGCAACAGUAUUUUAGAGCAACAGGCUUCCCAAACUCCUGUAAUCUGAUCCCCACCUUGCAGAGAGGAGGAGAGAGCAUCACUGAUGCUUUAGCUUCAGUAGCUGCCAGAAGAUAUACUGUAUACUAUGAUCAGCUUUGCUGGUGACAGUGCUGUGCAAGAGUUCACAUGGAGGGUUUGAUGUUUCUCUCCUUUGUUUUUUGUUUUUUUAAUUAUUAUUAUUAUUAUUUUUUUUGGGAGGGGGCUCCGAGAUGGCAAAAAAAGAAGUUUGCUCCAUUGCUAAAUUUGAAUAAAGGAUUUCAUCUUUUUAUUUCAUGUUGCAUGCUGCAUCAAUUUGAUUAGUUGUAAGUCUUUCUGAGGCACUUUUGUGAUUUUGGUUUUAUUGAAUAUUCACCAGAGUGCUCUCUGUCUCUCUGUUCUUGCAGUAAAGUGAAGGCCUGGCAACAAAAGAGAAGUCUAGCCAAAGUUUUGGGAAAGAAAAAAUCCAGUGAGCCCAGGCGCUGGGAGGAAGACUACCAGCUGGUGGAGUGUGAGGGCCUGUUUGAAGAGUAUCUGGAAAUGGGCAAGUGUCGUGCCUUCAGUUUAAUCAGCAGUUCAAAAAAAAAUUCAAAUGCUAAAAAACACUUUUUGUAUUAAACAAAGGAAUAGUAAGAGAAGUUUAUUCAGUCCUCUUUGUUCUAAUACAUAGUUUAAGAAUGUAUCAUGGUGUUGCAGUGCUCCAGUUUGGGUUUAUCACCAUCUUUGUGGCAGCAUUCCCUCUCGCUCCACUCUUCGCUCUCCUCAACAACUGGGUAGAAAUCCGUCUGGACGCCCACAAGUUUGUGUGCGAGUACCGCCGGCCGGUGGCUGAGCGCGCUCAGAACAUCGGAGUCUGGUUCAACAUACUGGAGGCUCUGUCACACCUGUCAGUCAUCGCUAAUGUGAGUGGAUUCAAAAAACUUCCUCACCAGUUUUGUCAUUAAUCUCUUUUACUGACUUUAUCUUUGGUUGUUCCUUUGUUUGUUUGGUUGUACAGGCUUUCUUAAUUGCCUUCACAUCAGACUUUUUACCUCGUCUGCUCUAUCAGUACAAGUUUGGGAAUGAUCUUCAUGGAUACGUGAACUUCACCUUGGCUUAUGCCCCCCUUAACUUCACAGAGUACCCCAUGUGCAGGUACAUUUUAUCUUGAUUGUCUUUACACAUGUAGAUAAGGGUUAAAAAAAUCCAUAUUUUGUAUAUUAGGUCUGUUUAGGCAGAAUCCCCCCUGCAGCAUUAACAGAGUAGUAAUAGAAAUGUUUUAGACAUUAUUCAGUUCUCAUUCUACUGCUGCAUACCAAGUACCCAAACACUCCUUUGUAUGCUCUAAAAUAACUUGUCUUUUCUUUCCCCUAAGAUAUAAGGCCUACAGAGACAACAACGGAAACUACACACUCUUCUACUGGGAGCUUCUAGCUGUCAGACUUGGUUUUAUCAUUGCAUUUGAGGUACGAAGGGAGCUGCUGAACUCCAGUGUUAGUAUAAGUUUGUACUUCUGUCUUUUUCAGUCAUUUCACAUCCACUUUUCACACUUUUUUAUCCAUCAUCUUUGCAUCUUUCCCCUAUAUCAUCCAAUUUUUAAUAUCUGUUUCUGCUUUGUGUUCAGCCAUAUAUUGUUGUUUGUAAUUUUCUAAUCUCCUUUCAUUUCUUUUACGCUUCUUGCUCCUUUUGCAUUUGCAUUCCUCUCCGCCUUUGAAGUUUUCCUCCAUGGAUUCAACUGCAGCCCUGCAUACCUUUCUGAAUUCAUAUUAUUAAGCACUGUUCCUGACUUCCAAAUGACUGUGCACAUCUUGUAUUCAUUCAGCAUCUCUCCUUUGCUCCUCAAUUUUUAUCCUUUACAUUUCAUUAGAAAAGUCACGGUCAAAGUCAAAGCCAUUGUGUCAGGGGAAAAAGGGGUAAUCAGAGAAGUACAAAGAAAAAAAAAAACAGAAAUGUUCAGCAGGACCUCUGACCCUCAGAGGCAGCAACAUUGGCUGGAUUGGGGGUUGAUUAAAUUUGUUGUGUCAGGGCUGGCAGGGUGAAAUAUUGAUAUGUGCUAAUCUCAGUACAUGAAGCCGUGCCUCUUAUGAUUCAUAAUGUCGUACUCAAAUGUCUGAUUACAAACAAGAGUACCAAUAUUUUGUGGUGUGCAGUGUAACAGUGCAAAGUGAUGGCAGAACUUAAAUCCAGUGCUGUUGCAGAGUUGCAAUAUGUAAGAGGCUUAUGGAAGGCCUGAGGGCAAGCUGGAAAAAAACCUGAAAAUACAAGCUCUGAAGCCUGGAAAGAAGUAACAUUUUUAUUUUUUUAAUUUAACCUUUAUUUAACCAGGAAAUAUCCCAUUGAGAUUAAGAACCGCUUUUUCAAGGGAGUCCUGGCCAAAAGGCAGCAAACACAAAAUACAGUUACAUAUUGAUAUAAAUAAGACACAGAACUUAAACACAUUAUGAGAAACAAGUGCAUAUUGUGGAAUUGCCCUUUAAUAACUCUCAGUUUGGAUUUAAAAGUGCUCAAAGAAACUAAGUAAGUUAGUUUCCAGUCUUUCUGUAGCAUAUUCCAUGCAUAAGGUGCAGAGUAAACAAAUGCCCUUUUACACAACUCCAUAAGAGGAUAGGGGACAGAAAGCAACAAUUUUUUUUUAUUUUUUAUUUAUUUAUUUUUUUAAAUUUGGCUUAAACAGAUACAGGCUUUGAGAGAAAUUCAAAGAGCCUAUCAAUGAUCUGCAGCUACUCAGACUGGGGUAAAUAAAAACAGAAUGUUUAUGGAUAAAAGUCCAUGAAGCUUUGUGAGGGAUAACGGUCAUAUACUGAGGAGGUAUUUGUUCAGCCUCUUCUUGAAGGCGUGAACACCAGUAGAUGUAAUGUCUCCAACAACUGCAGGGGGAAGGCUAUUCCAAGUUUUUAUGGCAGAGUGGAGAAAGCUCCUGUUGAUCUUAGAUAUCCUGACAAACUUAAACCAUAGGAGAAGAUAUAAACUAGAUGAGAUAAUCACCCAAAAUAUACAAAUCAAAAUUUGCUGGUAAAUUAACUUUGUACAUUGCUGAUAUCAACACAAAAUCUUGCCUCCCAGUUUUUCAUUUGUUCUGUUUUAUUUAUGAUCUGAUUCAAAAGUAGGUUUUGUUACUAGAGAGUCUGUUUUUCCAAUAUGAUGAGGAGCUGAAAUUUCAUCAGCUCUUUCCUUCUCCAGCAUGUGGUUUUCUUUGUGCUGAGGGCCAUCGAUUGGAUCGUACCUGACGUCCCUGAAUCCCUGGAACUGAAGAUCAAGAGGGAGCGCUACUUGGCCAAGCAGGCGCUGGCAGAAAACCAGGAAGCUUUGUUGGUGAGUCGAGGCCAAGGGGCCACUCCUGCCACGCCUGGCAGCUCCAGUCCAGGUCAGUAG